AUGGAAGGCCACGCUGCUGAUGAUCGCCCACUGAAAAGAGUCAAACUCGACACAGCCCAGACAGAUGGCGCUUGCGACGAUGCCUCAAUGGCUUUGUCUCCCCGCCCAGCUGGCGUUCCGUCCACCUUACCCGAAGGCCUAGUUGUUGACGAUAGCACAAAAGAACGCGAGGUAGGUAUCACCGCCUUUGUCGACGAAUCUAGAAGUCUCUUCAGAGGGAUUCUCAAAAAGAGAUACACAGAUUUCUUGGUGAACGAGAUCUUGCCAGCGGCGCCUGGCAGACGCGGCGGAACAGUCCUGCACCUUCGAUCAAUGAGUGCCAAGGGUCUGCAGCCCCAUGCUUCGCAAGGUAUUGGCCCAGAACGAACGGUGCUAGGUGCUUCAGAACAUGAAGGGCACGAGGCAGCGACAUCGGAGCCAUCUCUGGCGGAACACGAGACUUCACGAGAGGCAGAGACCCCUGUAAGUAGCAGAGCUUCAGAUGCUACUGGAGAUAAGAGCGCUGGUGUCCAGAAUUUUGAGAUUUCCGACGAGGAUCGCGUCCAACUCGAAGAAUAUUUCAAUGUGGAAACGGUGUCACAGAUAAUAUCCCUCUAUGAAUCGGUCCAGCGCAAUCCGGGAAGAAAAUCUCGCGAGUACUCGACAGUACGAACACCAUUCACUUCGGACCGCAGCAUCCGGUCGAAGAUUCAUCAGGAUAUCCGUCGCAUCUUCCACAGUAAAAUUGACUCCAUGACAGACAAUGAAGGCAUGCUAGUCCUUACUGCAGCGCCACCAUCGUCGUCAAAUAACAACCGUAGCCGCGCCUGGGCACAGCCUAACCAAAAGUCUGCACGCCCGGGAAAGCUAGGUUGGUUGGAACGUGGCGGAGAAUAUGUCCAUUUUACUCUUUACAAAGAGAACAAGGAUACGCUGGAAGUUGUUUCAUACCUGACAAAGCAACUGAAGACGAACAACAAGACGUUUCAGUUUGCAGGGACGAAGGAUCGGCGUGCCGUGACCGUGCAGCGAGUCAGCGCUUACCGUGUCGACGCAGAGCGCCUGGCAGGGUUGAACCGUUCUCUACGAUACGCGGCGGUGGGGGAUUUCGAGUACCAGAAACAUGGGUUGGAACUUGGGGAUUUGACCGGAAACGAAUUUGUGGUCACCUUGAGAGACUGCCACCUAGUUGGAUUGCCCUCUGGACAGAGCACUGCCGAAGAGAAAGCCGCCAUGCAGUCCUAUCUGACACAGGCGCUCCAACAGCUCCAUAAUUUGGGCUUUUUGAACUAUUACGGACUGCAACGCUUCGGGACUUUCGCCACGCGCACCGAUGUCGUCGGUCUAAAGAUCCUAAAAGAAGACUUCAAGGGCGCGUGCGAUGCUAUCCUAGAAUUUUCAACUGCCGCGCUGAACAACAGCUCUCAAUCAUCCGAAGACUCGGGUGCGAGUGUCCUUGUCAGCCAAGACGACCGGUCUCGCGCCGAAGGGAUCAACAUAUGGCGAACAACUGGCAGGAUUAAUGUUGCGCUUGACAAGAUUCCACGCAAAUUCUCCGCCGAAACCGCGUUGAUACGACAACUAGGCAAGCGGCCUUCGGACUAUUUGAGCGCUCUUCUGGCAAUCCAGCGCAACCUACGACUCAUGUACGUGCAUGCAUAUCAGUCCUUUGUGUGGAAUCUCGCAGUCGGGGAGCGAUGGCGGCUGUAUGGUGCCAACGUCGUGGAAGGCGACCUCGUACUGGUCCACGAGCACAAAGACAAGCAAUUUACCGACGACGGCGGUGAAGGUGAAUCAUUGAAUAAGCAACAGACGCAGACGGGGGUGGAUGCGGACGGGGAAAUCGUCAUUGAACCGUCAGGCGAUGACCGCGCCUACGACGUCGACGACAUGUUCGAGCGUGCCCGUGCCCUCACUGCCGUCGAAGCCGAGAGUGGCCUGUACUCCAUCUUCGACAUCGUCCUGCCUCUUCCCGGAUUCGACGUCAUCUACCCUGCCAACGCAAGCGGCGACUGGUACAAGACGUUCAUGGCCAGCGAAGCCGGUGGAGGGCUCGAUCCAUACAACAUGCGCAGGAAGCAAAAGGACUUCUCACUCAGCGGAGGGUAUCGCAAGGUGGUGGCGCGCAUCGGCGAGACCUUUGAGGUCGGCGUCCACGCGUACGGCGAGGAUGAAGGGGACAGGCAAUUCGUCGAGACGGACAUGGAGCGGAUCAAGCGCGGGAAGGAGGCCAACGCCACGCAAGGCCAGCAACCUCAAUCGCUACUAUCCGACGGAGCGAGCGCGAAGACCUCUACGAUUACGACAGCGCAAGAAGCGAAUGGAAAUGAAAAUGGAAAUGCUACCGAAACUGAAACAAUCCAGGUUCCGCAGCAGCAGCACACGGAGAAACUCGCGGCCGUGCUCAAAUUCCAGCUCGGCUCAAGCCAAUACGCAACCAUGGCGCUGAGGGAGCUAUCCAAGGGCGGGAUUCAAGCGUACAAGGCCGAGUUCAUGGGCGGGAGGUGA